AUGAAUAUCAAGUUGACAAAGGAGCAGGAUGAUGUCGUUAAUUUCGCCUCAACUAAGCAUAACAUGUGCAUUUUCGGAAAGGCGGGAGUUGGCAAAACAACGGUUGUGGAAAGCAUGCAACUGGGUCCAGUUCCAAGUCCACUCGAUCCUGGAAACUCUAUCAUUUUCUCGAAACUUUUUGACAAAGUUUUUCCGCAUCGAUUCGAGCUACAGAGAGUAUUGCGGCAAGGGGAAGAUGAAGAAAAGUUGAAAAAUGCUUUAGAUCUUAUACGAGUAGGUAAAUGCAAUGACGAGGUAGAACAAUAUCUCCAAAGCUUAGCCAGAGAUUUGAAUUCGUCUAAUGUUCCUUCAGAAAAGAUCCACAUAUAUUUUAAGAAACUUCCAGCUGAGAUCCACAACCUAGGUGCCUUGGCGGAAAUUCCAGGAGAACUUACAAUUUUCGAGAGCAAGGACACUGGUAACGCCCGAUCUUUGGAGAAAACCGUUAGCCAAAGUCUCACCGUGAAACCUGGAUGCAAAGUUAUGUUUCUCUACAACAUCAAUGACGAUUUGAAAAAUGGAUACAAGGGCGAGUAUGUUGGUAUCAAUGAAGACGAAGAACACCUUAUUGUCAACUUUCCGAAAGUCGGUAAUGUCCCCAUUGCUCGCAGAACUUGGUACAAGUUUGAUACCAAUGGAAGGAUACAAGGCAGUCGUACUCAGUUUCCACUCGCACCUUGCUACGCUAUCACUGUACACAAAGCGCAAAGCACGACCUUAGAACGUGUAGUGGUGCAUUGUUCCCAAGAGUUUGUCCCAGGCCAAACUUACGUUGCUCUGUCAAGAGUCACCAGAGAAGCUUCUCUUCAAGUCUUUGGCUUCCGAAGGAGUUUCCUUUUACCACCUCCUCCCGAGUUGUCGGAUUUUGAUUUGAAUAAGAUGGGAAUCAUGGACCAGUACUUUGGCUGUUGCAGUGGUAUGCAUCUGGAAGAGAAUUUCUUUGAAUGCGAUCAAGAGUGCGAGACAGAUUUGGCCGAAGAGAUGGACAAUCUGGUGCAGCAUAACGAUUUUACUUCCGCUGCUUCUUCUUAUUUCGAAUCGAACAGUGGUGCAGUCAUCAAUCUGGGAGAUGUCUUACUAUGCAUGUCCGACUUCAGUAAUGAAUUGUCGAAACCUCCUUCAUCUUUCAGCGUGAAAGCAUUCCUGGAAAAAAUCAUCAACGACGCUAAUGAAGAUUCUUACAGCCAAUCGGUUAAAUCUGCAGCAAAAUAUGGCACUCAUAAUUUAGAUGAUUUUGAAUUAUUAGCAUGCCUAUUUUGGUACAGAAUUUUCUAA